AUGAAGGGGCUUUCCUUCUGCAUUUUAUUGCUUCUUCACACGGUAAAUGGGGAUACCCAGACAACCAGUUGUAAAGAUAUAUUACAGGGUUACUUAGCAGGACAAGCGUCCCAUCAGGUAGAAGCUUUAAAACAAAAUUUCAAAAGCUUCACCACUGAAAUCGUAAAAGCUGUGAAAAUAUUGGAGGGAAAAGUGAAUGGUGGUGUCCGAAAUGAAGAUACAAGAUAUAGAAGCAGUGUUUACACAAGAUGGGGGAAGAAAACGUGUCCUCCUAAUGCAGAAUUAAUUUAUUCUGGAUUUGCCGGAGGAUCACAUGGGGGUGAUAGAGGAGCGGCUGUAGACACUCUUUGUUUACCCAGGGAUCCAGAGUGGGGGAUCUAUACGGAUGGAAAUGAUGGGGAUAGGGCUUACGUAUACGGGGCGGAGUACCAAACAUACACCUUCACGGGCUACCUUACAGCGUACCAUAAUCACGACGUACCGUGUGCUGUUUGUCUUGUUCGAAGUAGAUCGGUAGUGAAAGUGUUUCCAGCAAGAAAUACGUGUUAUAAAGGCUGGACAUUGGAGUACGAAGGUUAUCUUAUGGCGGGGUUCUACAAUCAACAUGCUGGAACAACGUACUCAUGUGUAGACAAGCAACCGGAUGCUUUAGAUGGCGGCCAGACAAGUAGAAAUGGCCACCUAUUUUAUCCUGUAGAGGCCAGAUGUGGCGCUCUGAAAUGUCCACCUUAUGUUGAAGGAAGAGAAUUAGUGUGUGUUGUCUGUUCCAACUGA